AUGGGUGUGCGGGGGCUGCAGGGAUUUGUGGGCAGCACCUGCCCCCACAUAUGCACAGUCGUGAAUCUCAGAGAGCUAGCACAGUGCCACCGGAGUAAGCACCCUGGCAGCCCACCAACCAUCGUGGUUGAUGCCAUGUGCUGCCUCAGAUACUGGUACACGCCGGAAUCCUGGGUCUGUGGUGGCCAAUGGCGAGAGUACUACUCCGCCCUGCAGAAUUUCAUCCAUCCCUUCACAGAGGCUGGCAUCAGGCUGGUAUUCUUCUUCGAUGGCAUGGUGGAGCAGGACAAGCGGAAUGAGUGGGUGAAGCGCAGACAGAAGAACAGCAAGGAGAUCUCCAGGAUCUUCAACUACAUCAAGUCCCGUGGAGAGCAGCCUGGCAGGCACAUGUUCUUCAUCCCGCCUGGCCUAGCCGUGUUCACACGACUUGCUCUGAAGGCCCUGGGUCAGGAGGCCCACUGCUCUCUGCAGGAGGCUGACUACGAAGUGGCUACUUGGGGCCUUCAGGAUGGCUGCCUUGGGGUCCUGGGUGAGGACACAGACUACUUGAUCUACAACACCUGCCCCUACCUGUCCAUCCGGGAACUGUGCCUGGACACACUUGACACUGUCAUGCUGUGCCGGGAGCAGCUCUGCAAGAGCCUGCGUCUCCAUGUGGCUGACCUCCCCCUCCUGGCCUGCCUGCUUGGCAACGACAUCAUCCCAGAAGGCAUGUUCGAAAGCUUCCGAUACAAGUGCUUGUCUUCCUACACCUCUGUCAGGGAGAACCUGGACAGGAGAGGCAACACCAUCCUGGCUGUGGCAGAUCACAUCGCCAGAGUCCUCCACUUGCAGCAAGGUGAGAAGAGACUAGAGGAGAUGCUGCCUUUGGGACCAAACACAGCUCUUUUUUAUAAAGGAGUGGCAUCUUACCUUUUGCCAGGUCAGACAUCUCCAUGGUUUUUCAAAAAACCCAAGACUAUAAUAAAUUUGAAUGAUCAGUUAGUGUUCUUGAGUUCAGACCCUGAAUCCAAGCAAGAAAUAACCAUGGAUACAGAUCCAAAAAUUAAACUAGAAGCAACCAUGUGUACAGACCCUGAGUUUAAGCAAGUAAACUUUAGUUCACACCCUGAAAUCAAGCAGGAAAUGACCAUGGUUUCAGACUCUGAAAUCUUAAAGGUUGCUAAAGCACAGCACGUCCAAGGAGACAGCUACCUGGUUUACAACGUCAUGAGCAGCGGUGAGAUCGAGUGCAGCAACACCCUGGAGGAUGAGCUGGACCAGGCCCUGCCAAGCCAAGCCUUCACCUACCGGCCUGUGCGCCAGAGAGUCUAUGCCCUCCUGCUUUGGGACAGCAGUGAUCGUGAGUCUCUGGGAAAUGAGCUGGGACCUGCUGUGAAGGAGUGGUUCGUGUACGCUGGGAACCCCUUGAAGCACCCAGACCUGGUCAGGCCACUGCCAGUGAGGAUUGCAGGAGGGACACCAAGCUUGAAGACAUUGUGGCUGUCCCAGGAACCAAGCAUACAUGCCCGGCGCUUCGAUGUGCUCCUGGCAUGCUUCAACCUCUCCUCCAUGCGGGAAGACCUGCAGGCUGUGGAGGGCCCACUCAAGGCACUAUGCUGUCUCCUGAUCUACCUCUUUGUGCAGGUGGACACCCUUGGCCUGGAGGACUUACACGCUCUGAUCUCACAGGCAUUGUGCCUCCAGGGGAAGUCGACAGCCCAGCUGAUGGACUUGCAGCUUGACCGCAUCGACUCCAGGGCCGUGCAGCUGGGCUCUCUGUUUGUCCGUGGCCUCACCACACUGGUGUUUGUCAACAGUGCAUGUAGCUUCCCCUUCGAUGUGAAUGACUUCAUGCCCUGGAAUGUCUUUGACGGGAAGCUCUUUCAUCAGAAGUACUUGCAGUGUGAGAAAGGACACUCUGUGGAGGCACUUCUGGAGCAUGACAGGUUCCGGAUGACCCAGUUCCAAAACCUCCAGUCCGUGAUAGUGAAGGCCUGCUUAAAGGAGAACCGGCAUAUCCAGAGCUGGCAGCACUGGCGCACACACCACACAGGAGGACAUGGACAGCCUCAAAGGAACCAAGGGCCAGGAAGCCGACAAUACAGGCAUGACCAGUGA